AUGCACAGAUCGGUAUCGGGUUCGGGCGUGCAAAAUGGACGAUGGUGAGUUUGAAUUGGUUUACCAUCUUAAUAAUCAUUUCAAUCCUUUUCGAUCCUUUCUUUCCUUGCAUGUUGCUAAGUGAAAACCGUUGUCAUUCUCUGUUUAUUCGUCUGUUUACAGAACCCGAUAGAGAGGAACUCCAUUCUCAAACGAUGUAAGUUAUUUUCAAACCACAGUUUGAGAUUGAAAAUUUCAUAUCAUUCAUAAGCUAAAUAAUGAGAUAUGUGAACUGCGAAUUGUCACUGAGUUGCGUUUGUCCGUUUAUCAGGCAAUCACAUUCUCACUUUGUAAUCAGAUGAUCUUACGGUAAUUUUGUGCAAUGGCAGGCAACAGUUUUGAAAGGUUUUGUAAGGCAGUCGAUUUGCGUUUGCAUGCUUUCUUUGUGUAACUCUGAAAUUUUAAUAAGACUUUACCUAGCUUCUCGUAUAAUUUUUUCUCCGCAGGAAUAUUCACGAAGAUUCUAAUGACAGCGUAAGUAGUUGCGUUGUGUCGACUCAUUCCCACUGACAGAAUUUGCGCUUUUUCUAAGAGAAACAUUUCAGUCACAUCUGAUUUUUGCUUUUCUCUUUUCUUUUUUUUUAGGAAAAUGGUGAGAAUGCUUCACUCCUUCCACCGAUGCUGUGGAACGGUAGAUAAGCUUCUAGAUUUGUCUAUUUGUUUUCCUUUUCACAAUCUCUAUGAUGUUGCAAAAGUUACUUUUUAAUGGAAAUGUGCAAUGAACUUUUGUCUUCAGCAUCAAUGGUCACUAUUCUGAAAGUGAAGCUAUCAGGAAAGCACUUGCCUUGAGUAUUGAAGAAAGCAGGUAAACGGCAGUUUGUAAUGGUAAAACCUUUACUUCGAUGUGCUUACUUCGUUAUUUUAAUUUAGAUAAUUUUCAAUUUUUUCUCAUUUUUUCAAAAUAAACCUUUACAUUUUUUUCUUACUCAAAACCCAAUUUUAAAUCUGAGUCUUUUUCUCAUAGCAACAUUUCAUGCUCCACUGAUGUCUCUGUAAGUACUUAGUGCAAAUUUUUAGCUUAGUUGAGUGUUAAACAACUGGUUUAAUGUCAUAGGUGACGAAUUACUCCUUAAUUUUGGUCGAAAUUUCAGCGUUAAUUUUUAAUUUCACAUGCGAAAUUACAAAAUUGCCAUGGCAACCUUCCGUACGUCUCAGUGUCAAGAUGGCGACGAAGUUUUAAAAUGUCAUGAAUGAAGAUGUCAGGGCACAAAAAGACGCUUUAGAAAACCUGAACACACGAAAGAGCACAUCAAGAAGGAUUCUAACAGGUAUUUUGUCGAAAAACUCUGAACUUAAGCCAAAUUUAAGCUCUAAACGUUCGAGAGAGUGCAGCAUGCAGGAGUUCUCGAUCGAUACGAUCCAGGAUAAACAUGUCAAAAAUCCAAGAUUGUUAACGUAAUUCGUCACCCAUGAUAUUAAUAGGUAAUCAAAUGGUAUACUCGUGAAAUUAGGGAAUAAUUUCACUGGCGUUUUGUCCAAAUCCUAAUAAUUUUCAACGCGCGUGAAAUUAUUCCCUAAUUUCACUCGUCACCAUUUGAUUACACAUACUAAUUUAAAUCACUAUUUUGUGGUUGUGGUUUUUUUUUAAUUCUCGUGGAGCCCGCACUAAGGGUAUUAUUCGCUAUCUUUCAGCUACCAGUGACCCCCAAAAAGUCUUGCAAAGAUCGUUGUGAACCUCAUGCAAUAGUAGUAAGUGAUGGAAUGGUAAGGAAAUAUACUUGAUUUGGCACAAAAGCUUUGUUAAUAUUAAAAUGGUUUCAACAAUUAACAAGUGUUUUAAGGUGGCUAAUUACGGUUUCCAUUACUACCAGUCUUUAUCAGUUGCUUACAUUGGCUGAUAAGUUGUGAUCAUUUUUGUAAGAUAACAGGUUACCAUAGCAACAGCAUAACCUGUUAAAAGCAUCCUUAAUUUAAGAUUAAAGUGUCAAUAACUCAAAACUGAGUUCGUUGACCUCCAUUUUUUAUUACUGAGUUAUGAUCAAUAUGUCACUGUACAACUUCUUGCAACAUAUAACAAAAUUCUGUCAGGUGACUCUCCACAUUUGAUAAUUUUUUUCAACUUUUCAAAAAAUAGUAUCAAGACGUGUGGAUCAUAGCUCAAUAAUAAAAAAUGGGGGUCACCGAACUCGUUCUUGAGUUAUUGGCACUAAAAGCUUAAAUUAAGGGUGUUUUUUUAAAGGUUAUGCUGUUGCUAUGCUAACCUUUCUUCUCAAGAAAAUGGUCAUAAUUGGUUGACCAAAGUUUACGUACAAUUUCUGUAUAUUUCUCAGGGAGCCCAUUACUUUCCUAGUCUUUUGGGACACCAUUAUGAACUGCAAGAUGAUUGUGGAAGGGCACAUGGGUUACCUUUGAUACACCCAACUGGGUUCGUUAAAAGAAGCAGAUAGGCAAAAAUAUGAUUGAAGCCAGUCAAUUUGCCCAUUCUUCCAGUCUCAAUGAAUUCUUUAGACAGUUUCACUCAUUCACAGGAAAGUGAUGAAGUUGUUGUUCCAUAUUUACAGAAUAGCGACAACUGUGUUGAAGAACUGAGUAAAACCUUUCAAGGACUAAGCUCUCCAUCGAAAGAAGACCGAUUGGUAGAUUUGUCUGUGCCUCGCAGGUGAGCAAGUGUUAACAGCGCCUUUUGAGAUUGUUUUAUGACCUUGCAGUUAUUAGUGUGAACUUUCCUUUAACAUAUCAGUUACAGCAUCUGUUACAGCUGAUAAGACUGAAAGAUAUGGUUAUCAUGUAACUUGAAUUUUUUAUUUUGUUUAAUUUUCUAUUUUGUAUCCCACAUGACAGAAAAAGACAGCUUUACAGAACGAGUUCUGACACUUCAAGCAGCCCAUCAGACAGCUCUCCAGAAAGGUGAAAUAUUUUUUUCAAAAAAAAACUGCGCUAAGUAAAGUUUUCAGCUGAUGUGAUUUUAUAAAGGGUCUUUCGGGUAGUUAUCAAGCACUGUUAACCAUAAUUCCAGAACCUGUAUCUAGUGAGACGUGAGGUGGGGUGGAGGGGGGGGAGGGGCGGCCGAAUGGUGGCUUAGUCUACCUUUCGCUCUAUAAUGUUGAGAGCAUCAGUGAAGAGAGUAAAAAUUAAACUUCAGGAUCUUCUAGGAAGCCUAUUAUAAUUGAUUUAUUUUCAAGACUCACAAAAUGUUAGAUCUGGCUAUUUUCAUGAUUGGAGUAUAUUUGUCUUCUAGAUGUGCCCAUAUUAAAUUUGACAUUUCUCUCUACAAUGAACAGAACACCUAUUACUUGCGACCUAUCAUCAUGCCAUCAACAUGUACCCGGGAUAUUUCAUGGUAGGACGGAUCCAAUAACCAACGACGAAGUGCUAGAACUCAUGGCUUCUCAAAACAGUCAGCAUCUGUCCUCCAGCGUCCAAGUGAGGAGGGUUUCUUGCAAUGUCAGCUUCCUGAUCAGCACAAAGAACUUGACCUUAUCAGAUGCAGCCGUAGACGCUAUGGGUGUGUGGAAGUUAAGUAAAUCGAAGCGCAAGAAUUGCAGGGGUCAAAUGGUCAGGUGA